UAGAUUAGCAUUUUACAUCGGGUCGCUGGGAUGGGCCGAGUUUGUACGAUUACGGGUUAUUUUAACUCCGGCAUAGUGUUUAUUUUUCCUAAAAUAUCGUAUACAUAAAAAAUACAGGUAAUUAAUAUUUAAUUUUUUAAUGCAUUCGUGCGAAUUUAUGAAUACAAUUCGGCGUAAACUAUAACAAUGGCAAAGUUAGUUGAUCGUGCGAAUGUGUAAACCUUUUUAAAAUUAUGACAUUAAGUAUUAUUAAGUUCUUUCGUCCCUACGCUGAUUUUAUAAAAUACACCAUAAUUUGGAUCUUACUGCUGUACCAACACGCGAUAUAAAACACGGAAACUUAAUUUCAACGACCACUACGCAUGAUGGGGGCGAUGGACCCGAUGUCAGCCAUGAUGGGUGCGAUGGGCGGAAUGGGUAUGGGGGCCAUGGCCAUGGGAAUGCCCUUCAUGUCUUAUGACACGCUUGAAGACAUGCUCGACCUUCCUGAUCGCAGGAUGAUGCCGGGCGUAGCGACGGGCGUCGCCGCGGGUGCUUCAGUGGCGACCGGAAGUAUGAUGCCGAGCGUCGCAGGCGUGCCAGGAGUUCCAAACCCUGCUGGCCUCGUUUCAGCGGGAAUUCCCCAGUCCGCGCUCCCAGCUCCAGUCGUUUCAGCCGCUGUUCAGCCAAUCGGAAGUGGCGCCCAUGCCGCUUCUUCCACCAGCCAUGGGACUUCUUCCACCGGUGGUAUUAACCCCUCGGUGAUAGCAUCCGCCCUGCAGACGGCGCUUAGUCGAGUGCAGCAACGCGGCGCUACCGCCGGAAACAACAACAAUCAAAUUCUUGGUUGAAACCUAUUUAUUUAUAUUAUAUUUAGAACCGCCGUUGUUGUUUUAUGACAUUGUUUGAGAAUAAGUAUUGGUCUGAACAAUGCGUUUGUUAGACAAAUGAGUUGCUUCGUUCAAGGUAUACGUCUUUACUUUCUUGAAAUUUGCCAACAGCCAACAAAAUGUUGCAGAAAUUUCCCGCCAGUAGAUCCGUAUGAAUAAAAUAUUACUAGUUCAAUGGCAAAAUAAAAAUCAUAGGGAUGCAGCUUUGCGAUGAGCAGCGAUGCUAGACAAAUAUGAGGUGGGAAGCUAACGGGUCACAUAUAUUGGUACACUAGUUUUACACUUUAAUCCAAAAAUCAGUCGAUUGUGUGCGUCUCCCUUUAUAUUAGCCACAGUGCAUUUAAUUUAACCCAUUUAUGCCUAGUGGACUCUCCCACCAUUCUAAAUUGGGUCAAUUUAUUUCCAAAAUUGGGGAUGUCUAGUAUAUUUAUUUCUAUAUUAAGAAUAUUUCUUACAUAAAUUCCAUAAAGCAAACAGCGCAGACCCUAAUGAGACGCCGCACCAUGCGGCGUCUCAUCUGGGUCUACGCUGUUUGCCAAGGCAUUUUUUCUUGACGCUAGGCAUAAAUGGAUUAAAGCGAGAUUAUACGAUUUUGUCAAAUAUGUAUUAAUUUAUAUCAAAUGUGUAAAAACAAACUUAUUAACUAUAUAUUUCAAUAUAAAUUAAAAUAAAAGUUAAGAAGAACAUGUGUCGAAAAAUGCGAAAUAAGCCAGAUAUUUAAUUUUGAAAUCGAAAAUGUCUGUGCAGUCGAAUUCGCCAACAUGUAAAUCACGCAUGUACGAUGUGAAUCUAAAUUUAGUUUAAUGGUUCAUUUUUAAUUACUGCAACAGAUCUAUUUAUACGACACACGAACACUAAUUUAAAAGACGAAUGCUUCGGUUAUUGUAGGAAAAUAUGUACGAAAUAUCUUCGCCACAAUCGGCUCGGGGCGCUAAUUUGUCUUUGCUGCAUUUUAUUAAAUUUGUCUUCAUUGGAUAAUUUUCUUGCCUAUUUUGUUUUAUUGUAACAUAUUUUAUCAAUAUAUUACAAUUUAACAAAUAUUCAAAAUCGUAUAAUCUCGAUUUAAACAAAUUGUUUCAUAUUGAAUUAAGCGCACUCACAGGUUGUAUAUCAUAUACUUAUUGUUAUUACCCUUUUUUACCUAUCCUGAUAUUCUUACAAAAAGUUAUGUCCUAUAGUUGGUUAUUCACACAAUAGGCUGCCGACCUCAAUCCGUUUGCUAAACAUAACACGGUCAGAUUCCAGUUCUAACACGGUCAGAUUCCAGUUCUAACACGGUCAGAUUCCAGUUCUAACACGGUCAGAUUUCAGUUCUAACACGGUCAGAUUCCAGUUCUGUGUCGAAACGUUUAGUGCUUUGAUUUAACUUGUACAAUACGAAAUGGGAUGAUUUAUUAUAUAAAUGUAUGCUUUGAAUGUGUGAAAAGAAAACUGAAUCCAAGUGAAACAGUACCAUAUAUUUCAAUCGAGAAGAACAUACUAAUGAAAAAUACAUAAUGUAUCAUUUUAUCUACGUACACACUUGUGCAGUAAAAAUAUAGGUGUACAUAUACGUAAUGGAUAUUU